AUGGCAGAGGGUCUUCAGGUAGCAAUGAUAUGUUGGUCACUUGUGUUGAUCGGUGUUUUGAGUGUAGUGAUGCGAUUGUUCAAGGAGAUGUGGCUAAAACCUGCGAGGAUCCGGUCAGUGCUUCGGAAGCAAGGCAUCGGAGGGCCACCACGUUCAUUCCUUGUUGGGAAUAUGACAGAGAUGCAAAAGAUUCAAUCCACCACCAACAUCAUCCAUGAACCUUCUGAUCCUAAAGAUUUCCAGCACAAUUGGGUUCCCUCCAUCUUUCCGUAUCUUCAGCGGUGGGAGCAGAAGUACGGUCCAGUAUACAUGUACUCAACGGGGAGCAAACAACACAUGUAUGUGGGUGAUCCCAAGUUGUUAAAGGAGCUGAAACUGCAAAACUACAUGGAUUUGGGUGUACCGAAAUAUUUGAGUAAGCCACUCCUGCCCUUGAUAGGCAACAGCAUAAUUCGGGCCAACGGACAAGAUUUUGCCUACCAGAAGAAACUCAUCGCUCCCGAAUUCUUCCUUAACAAGGUCAAGGGCAUGAUGGAUAUGAUGGAGGAAUCUGCAGUGGCACUUCUUAAGACAUGGGAAAGACGUUUACUAAAAAGUGAGGGAGGUGUUCUGGAGAUAAUAGUCGAUAAAGAAUUGAAGACCCUCUCUGCUGAUAUCAUAUCAAGAGCUUGUUUUGGUAGCACUUACUCCCAAGGCAACCAGAUUUUUUCAAAGAUUGCUCUCCUCCAGGAGGCCUUGUCAAAUCCAAUUUUGCUCUUUAGGGUUAUCAAUUUUGGCUUCUUUCCCACAGAGAAUGACAAGAAGAUUUGGACUUUGAGGAAAGAGGUGGACGCUUUGUUGCUCAAAUUAGUGAGGGAUCGCCAAAAACAAAGCCGAGUGGGUGGCAUAUGUAAAAAGGACCUAUUACAAAUGCUACUGGAAAGUGCUGCAAGUACUAGCAGUGACAUGCAUCAAAACACUCACAAAACAGACCAAAUUAUUCUAGACAAUUGUAGAAGUAUCUACUUUGCAGGCUCUGAGACCACUGCUCUUACAGCUUCCUGGACAUUGAUGCUAUUGGCAUUACACCCAAAGUGGCAAGAACGUAUUCGUGCCGAGAUUUCUGAAGUCUGUGGAGAUGAUUAUCAACUGCAUCAUUGCUUGAAAGACACGGAUAAAUUGAACAACUUGAAAACGCUGACAAUGGUGAUUCAAGAGAGCCUGCGGUUUUAUGCACCUUCAGUUUUAGUGGCAAGGGAAGCUCUAGAAAAGGUGAGGUUGGGGGACUUGGAUGUGCCGAAAGGCGUCCACAUAUGGACCUUUAUUCCGACACUGCACCGUGACCCCGAAAAUUGGGGUCCGGAUGCUGAUGAGUUCAAGCCCGAGAGGUUUGCAAAUGGGGUCUCUGAAGCAUGCAAAUAUCCCCAAGCAUAUAUGCCAUUUGGUUAUGGGAGCCGAUUGUGUAUAGGCCAGACUUUUAGCAUGGUGCAGCUCAAGAUAGUACUCUCUCUUAUUCUAUCCAAGUUCUCCUUUGCCCUUUCCCCAAACUAUCAGCACUCUCCUGUUUACAAAAUGUUGUUGUUGCCUAAACAUGGAAUCAAACUUCUUGUUAGGCGUGUGCAAUGA